AUGAGCAUACUUAUGAGCACUCUUUCGACUGUGGCCGAAGGGCCUCAGGGAUGCCGGUCCGAAAUCCGGCCACGCAUCAUGCUGCAUCCGGAUGGCUCUCCUGAAACCUCGCCCAAACACGCGACCGUGGCUUCCAACCCACGACCUUUCACAAAGGUUCAUGGCAACGCCACAGUUCAGGAAAGGCCCUUCCACCGCUCAUGGAGCCUUCACAAGAAGAAGUUGCCACUGGUCUCACAUCCACACCCAAAGCCCUGGUCACAUAGCUCCUGUCCGGGGAAGAAGGAAACCCCAGAAGGGCUGAACGUCUUCCACCGUGUGUGGCUGACAGAUGUGGGUAGUCGAGGGCGUUGGAACAAGCACAAAAAGAAGGAGUUCUAUGAGAAGCAGGACAGAGAAAUGCAAUCCAAGAUUCCGUAUGACCAGAAGUUCUUCAGCACUGACACGCAUUAUAAAUUCUGGACACAUCUGUUAGAUGGUGGUGUGACGGCAGGCGGUCAGGAGAAGCUGGACUACGGCUAUCGGGGGCCUGCUUCAACUAAGCAGCACUUCUACGUAGGCAAGUUCGAGAAUGUCAAACAUUACCAGCGCAUUGUUCGCACGGGCUACGUGGACCAGGCGACGAAGCAGUACAAGGAGCUUCACUUGGACGACCGAGAUGAGUUCGACAAUCGUUUGAAGGAUGACAUGAUCAACCACAAUGACGAAGAACUCCGAUGGGCCAAGCAGACAAGUUUCGAUAUCUUCCGACCUAAGAACACGUUAUCCUGUCCACAGUUGGGAGCUGACUAUGUGUCUCGUGCUGGCUAA